ACCUCCGCAUCGUCGUAUCAUCACCUCUGGCAGACGCCAUCCCCUCCAUCUCCAAGCGCCACGCGCUUAAACUCCUCCACCCACUUCGCUCCACCACGCCAUCUCCACAACUCCCCAAAUUUCAUCAAACAAAAUACAUCGUGUCAUUUUUUUUCAUGGUGA